CAUAAGAAAACUAGGUGCCCGAAGCGAGACAAGUCUAAGGAUCGACCGAAAAAGCGCCGUAGGACGGGGGGAGGUGGUGAGGGUAGCACACAGGAUGGAGCACUUUCCGGGGUUGGAGGAUUUCUACGAGGAGAAGCACCGGGCCCCACAGAUUGCCAGCGGAGAGCGCUUGAAGACCCUUCGAGUCAGAGGUCACACGGCGCACAUACUGUUCGACGACCGGUACGUCCCGUACCUACGGCGGGCUAAGCUCUUGGCGUUCGUGACCAUGGCGCAGCGACCGGUGCCUCUGUACAACGCCGCUGCUCUGACGGCCCUAGUGGACCGGUGGCGUCCAGAGACACACACCUUCCACCUACCGUGCGGGGAGCUGACGGUCACUCUGGAGGACGUCGCCAUGAUCCUGGGUCUUCCUAUCCGGGGUCAGGCGGUCACAGGUGACACAGCGUCGGGGAACUGGAGGGAGAGGGUCGAGGAGUACCUUGGUCUGGAGCCUCCAGUGGCACCUGAUGGUCAGAGGCAGACAAAGACAUCAGGGGUUCCUUUGAGUUGGUUGCGAGCCAACUUUGGUCAGUGUCCCGCUGAGGCAGACGAGGCUACAGUACAGCGAUACUGCAGGGCGUACGUGCUGUACAUCUUCGGCAGUAUUCUGUUCCCUGACUCUGGUGGAGAUAUGGCUUCUUGGAUGUGGCUGCCGUUGCUCGCGGACUGGGACGAGGCGGGUACCUUCAGCUGGGGGUCGGCUGCCCUAGCCUGGUUGUACCGGCAACUCUGUGAUGCUUGCCGAAGGCAAGGCGGGGACGCGAACCUAGCAGGCUGUGUUUGGUUGCUACAGGUUUGGAUGUGGAUGAGGCUUCCAGUUGGUCGGCCCAUGUGGAGGACCCAUCAGGCUUGGCCGCACCAGGAUGCAGACCGACGUCCCACUGUAGCUCACCUGUGGGAAUCGGUCCCAUCUCCAGUAGUAGGCCGCAGGAAUUUGGCGUACUACCACUACACAAACGAGAUGGACUACCUACAGCCAGAACAUGUGGUGUGGAUGCCAUAUCAGGCACAGGAAGUGCUCGAGCUAGAACUGAAUCCCAUGUGCCAUAUAGAGGAUGCGUUGAAGACCCUACGGUGCCCACUGAUCUGCUUCUAUGCAGUGGAGUUCCAGAUGUGCCACCGCGUGAUGCGGCAAUUCGGGAGGCUUCAAACAAUCCCGCACCGUUUCUCCACGAGUAUCGACCUACACAAGUUAGUAAUUUCACUUAACAAUUUUUAUGCAGAGACUACGGCAGCGAUGUCGGAAGUUGGCAGCAAGGCUCGGCUGCAGGUCGACUGAUGUGGUCGAACAUGCUCAUGCCCACCAAGAGGGGGAUGAAGAAGGGGAGGUGGGUGACGAGGAGGGCGAGCAAGACAAAGAGGCGGAGGAAGGAGAUGAGGAGGAAGAAGGGGAUGAGGACAGAGAAGAGGAGGCGGAUGAGCUCGGUCCCUCGCAGCUAGAGGACGCACCAGAGUCGUCACAGCCGGAUAUCUCGCAGCCCGGCCCGUCUCGACCACGAAGCCGGCGGGCUCCUUCGCAGGACUGGAGGUACACCCCCGACGUGCCUCGUCCUCGCACUAGAGGUAGGAGGAGGUGAGUGCAUGGUUCAAUGGAUGGAUGGAUAGAUGGAUGGACUCGACUGGAUGUAUGGACUGGAUGUAUGGACUCGACUGGAUGUAUAGACGAGGAUCGAUGGGAUGUUUUUAUUUCUUAUAUGUAUGGACUUCAUAUAUGGAUGUAUUGAUGGAUUCUAUGGAUGUAUGGAAUGAUGUUGGGAUUGAUGGAUGGAUGUAUGUUUUGUAUGGUUCUCUGGAUAUAUUACUGCCUGUAAAUUUCUGUCAUUUGAUGUUUGCCUGUGUUGUGUGCAAAGUUUUGCUAAAGUUUAGCAGGGCUGGGACGU